GCAGCUGUGAAUCCUCUGCCUCCCACUCGUGGGCCAGGAACCUGCUCUCCGUGGUGCACUUUUCUCUGGAGCAACCUGAAGACAGGCCUGUGACCUUAAGGAGACAAUCAUGGCCACAACUGAGCAGAUCCCUGAUGAGCCUCUGCUCAGAGGCAAAAAGAGGCAAGAACUUCAAGAGAUGCUGAGGGAAGCAGGACUGGAUGUUGAGUACUGGUUGCCCAAGUUGCAGCAAGAUCUGGGUGUGACCUGUGCACAGGCAUUAGGAUAUUUAAAAGAAAAAGACCUCCAGAAGCUGAAAUCCCAGGUACAACAUCCAUGGGAGAAAAGGGCCCUGAAGAAGCUGCUUGACCUGUCACACUCAAAUAGUCUUCCAGAGAUACAGGAAUCACCACAGGAGGGAAAGCAGAGGCAGGCAGAAAAAUUGCUACAGGAGCCGAGGAAUUUGCUGUCAGAAGGGAGGCAGAGACAGGAAGAGGCAGUGAAGAGAAAAGAAGCAGAGCUGAGGCAAGCCUUGGAGAUCCCUGAAGAGUACUGGCCAAUGCCUGAAAAGCCCUUAAGGGAAGUCAUGGAAAUCAUGCAGAGACAACUCAGUCCCAUGGAGCAGACACUGUCCCACAGGCAAAACCUCCCAGAUGGAGAUCUAAUAAGAUGGGCAUCUGGAGGGCUGGCUCUGCAGGGAAUUUAUAAAACAUGCCACCAAAUGGACCUGAUGCAGAGAAGAGAAGAGCUACUCAGUGUCCCCAAGGAGUUCUCACUCCUUGGCCCUCAGCAGAGCACACGGAUGGAAACUGAAGAAUUUACAUCUUCUCAAGCAGAAUUCAUGUUCACCCAGUCUAUAGAGAAGUUAGGCUUCAGUUUAACUACUUCAGCCAAGGGUGGAGGUUGGGGAUUUAAUUUUGAAACUGAACUACAUAAGAGCAAACAUUCAGAAUCCAAGGAAACCCACCAGGCAAAUUCUGAGUGCUCUUAUUUCUGCUCAAUGAAGUUCAGUUAUGUUCCCAUGGCAUCCUGCCACUUUCCCAUUGAUCAGCUCCAGUUGUCCAAUGCUGCCCUUCAGGAAUUGAAAUGCCUUGAAGACCUCCUGGAUCAGAAUACAGACUCACCAGAAUCCCAGGUGCUCAAACACAGGACUGAAAAAUUCUUUCACAGGUUUGGCUCUCAUGCUAACCAAGGCCCUCUGCACCUGGGAGGAAUCUACUGGUGGAAGGCUGUCUUAAAGGGUUUCAAAAGUGACCAGCUCGUUGAUAUAAAGCAGCAGGCUGUAGAGACUCUUGAUAUUUACAUAAGGGGCAGCUACAGUGGCUAUGGUGUGAAUGUUGCUGCAGAUAUGAAUGUGGCAGACUCACAUUCAAAAGCAGCUUCUGAGAACAAAACUUUCCAAAACCUCCAAACCAAAUUCCAAUUAUCUGUGGCCAAGACAGGUGGCCCACCAGAAGCAAAUGAUCCUGCCCAGUGGAACAAUGGCCUGGUUGCCAACAAUCAAACUUGGUGUGUCAUUGAUAGGGGACUCCAACUGGUACCCACUUGGGACAUCAUACUCUCCAAACACAGAAGUGAUUUUAAGGAUCACGUUAAGGUGGCUAACUGUCUGAAAGAUAACUACAUUUCUCUGACUGGUCUCUCUGCACAGAUCCAGGAGGGAGAGCAGUUACUGAGUGUUAGGCAAGAGGUUAGAGUUUUCCUAGAUGACAUGAAGUCCUGGGAGUUGUCUGAUCCUGAAGAGCAGCUUCAAAAACUGAGAGAUUUCAUGCACUCACUGAGUCAAAAAACAAAAAGUGAUGACAUGUGGAUUAACAUGUGCCUCACUGAUCAGGAUCUGCAGACUUUUCUAGUCAAUACUGUCAACUUUUGCAAAAAGUCUUUCACUUAUAAAACUGAUUUUAUCAAAACUACAUUGUGCAGUCUUCUAGAUCCUCACAUAUACAAGGUGGAAAACUUUCCUCAGGCUCACUCCAUUAUGCACUGGAUCAAACAGUCAGAGUUAGAGCAAGAGCAAGUGAACAUCUCCCAAUUUUCUGAAUUCAUUAAAAACUUAAAGAAAACACAGAGUGAAUUCUUGGAAGUGAAGGUCAAAUCUGAGUCCACAGAAACAAUAGAAGAAGCUCAAAGAAAGGCAACAUAUGAGGUGAGCUUGGCUCUCAACAGCUUUGUAAAUCACCUGCAAGCAACAGAGCAGCCAGACACACAGAUCUUGCUACUUUCCAUUGCAGCUGGUGCAGGAUAUCAGGUGGGAAGCAAUAUUUUUAGACCUCUCCUGGGGCAUAAUGAGUUAGACUUUCUACCUGAUGAAAUACAAACUGCCUAUAAUAAAUACCAGGAGCUCAAAAGUAUUUCCAGCUAUAGGGCCCAUGCAUUCCUGAUACUCACAGGUCUGACAGCCACAGUUGGAUUAAAAGCCCUUUCUCCAGAAGAGAAGUCACAACGCAUGAAAUUCAUGACAAAAUACAUGGGACAUUUAUUUUCUAAAGAAGUUGUACAUGUCCUCACAAAACUUAGGGCAGAUCAUGAUUGGGAAAACCUAGAAAAAGACUUGAGAUUACUCAUUGAUGGAGAUUAUGAAGCCACCAUCUCUUCUUUCCAAAUGGAUGAGGUCAAAAGACAGAUACAAAGUCUUAUCCAUGAAAGGAAACAGUCCCAUGAACCAGAUAUUAAUGAAAAUAACACAAGUGAAAUAAUAGAAAAUGGAGCCUUUCUAGACUUACUCCAGCGACUUGGCCUAGAACAUUACUACCCAAAAAGGAUGAGUACAGCUAACUUCCAUGUGAUCUACAAGAGUUCUGUGUACAACACCAAGCCCAAAUCAGAACAGGAACUUCCUUUCUAUUUCCUUCAGAAGUUACUGAUGCUGGAUUAUGGACUGAGAUACCUGGUUUUCAAAGACGAAGGAAAAUUGGAAUAUCAGGUUUCUCCAAGAGCCUCCAAUCAGGAAAAUGAGGUUUUUGAUCCAUAUGAAGACUUUGUUGAAGGCAGUGAUAGUCUCACUGGGCCUUUGACCACUGAGUCCAGGCCCAAUAUUCACCCCAUGGAUAUCCAGAUGGCCAUUUUUCACACUGCAGAUGAUUUUGCCAGACAAUAUAUUUUGACCAAACUAUCCAUCUGUCAAUUUGCCCUGCCACUCCUGGUGCCAAAUCCCUGCACUUCUCAAAUUGAAUUCUCCCUCUGGUCUCUCAGACAAAUUAGGAGGAGUUGGCAGCAAGGAAGCAAAUCACUACAAGAGAAGAACAGUCACAAGAAUCAGCAGAUGUGUCGUGUCUCCACCCCCAUUGUGUCCUUCAUAAGAGUUGGUAAUGGACUGUCUGCUUCCAAAUCUCAGAUCAUGAACUGUCUUCUCAGUGAACGCAAACAUGAUGUGUUCUUCCACCGCCACUGCAGAGAAAGCAGCAAGAACUGCCUCUUGAUGGGGGGUGUGGUGGAAAUCUGCUGGUUCUGCCCUAGCGGGGAAGAGGAGGACAGGUUUGACAGCUGUGUGACCUUCACCAAUCUUCAUGGAGAUGCAAAGGAGCAUAAAAGGCAGCUCGCCUUCCUGAAGGAGGUCUCUUCUCUCAUCGUGGUCCUCAUGUCAGCUUCUGAUGACAAUAAAGAAAACCAAAAAAUAGUCUGUGACCUAUGUCAGUCGUCAAGAUCAUUGAUCUGCUUGCUGGAUGACAAAGAAAAAUGCAAACCUAGUAAUUGUGAUAGGAGAGUGAAAAUUGGUCUAAGGAAUAGAAAUGAAGCAGAAUUGACAGAGGAGCUCACAACUACCAUCAGACAUUUGCUAGAGCUCUCUGGUACUAUUCUCAGUUUAGAGGACUGUUCUCAAGUUGCUCGCCAGCAGGGAUUUCUCAUUGAUGAAGACCAGAGAGAUUGCAAGGAAGUCAAAGAAAAGGCACAGACGAUAAUAGCUCUCCUAGGACAAAGGAAGUUGUCUCAGGUGAAGGAGACCUUCUUACCCCUUCAGGGAAAACUGUGGCAUCUUUGGUGUAAGAAGGACAAAGAACUGUACCAUCUGAGAGAAAAGGGGAAUCGAAGUAUUGAACAACACAAGAGUGACAUUGAGACAGAUAAACAAAGAAUACGGCAACAACAGUUGGAAAGAGCAUUUCCUCUCAAAGAUGUAAUGCAAUCUGUCCUUCAAAUUCUCUACAAGUAUUCAGAAACUCACACCACACUCUACUUUUUGCAGUGGCUGAGUGUGUUUUUAGAUAGCCUGACUGCAGAGCAUUUGGAAAACCUGCACAAAAAACUAAUUCAUUUGUGGUCAGAUGUACAAACAGAUAAGCAAAAAUUCCAAAACAGCAACUCUUUGAAAAGUAAAAUAGAAGCCAUCUCUACUGAGAUUAGUGACUCUACCUUAGGAAUUGAACAAUUUCUCAGAGAAGUUGGCCAGAUCUAUGAAGCUCUGGAAGAAACUUCCUCCAAAAGAGACACAAUUUUUCUCUCCCUUCCCCAAAUUGCUGCAGACCUGAUGAUAUCUGGAGUUCCCAUAGAGCUGAUGGAUGCAGAUGCUUCCUAUGUGCCCCUAAAGUGGGUGGCAGCUGUUUUUGACAAGCUCUCUGAGAAACUUGGAGACAAACGGCUCUUUGUUCUCUCUGUCCUUGGCCUGCAAAGCUCAGGGAAGUCCACCCUACUAAAUGCUCUUUUUGGGUUGCAGUUCUCGGUCAGUGCAGGCAGUUGUACCAAGGGGGCCUACAUGCAGCUCCUGAAAGUGGACGAGACAUCCACAGAGGAACUUGGCUUUGACUUUGUGCUGGUUGUAGACACAGAAGGACUUCGGGCCCCAGAACUCAGCAACAAGUCCCAGAAUUGGGACAACGAGUUAGCAACCUUUGUCAUUGGACUUGCAAACUUGACUCUGAUCAAUAUAUUUGGGGAGAAUCCGUCAGAAAUGCAAGAUAUCCUACAGAUAGCAGUCCAAGCCUUUCUGAGGAUGAAACAAGUGAAUAUCUCCCCAAGGUGCAUAUUUGUGCAUCAGAACGUGGGAGAAGUUACAGCUAAAGACCAAACCAUGAAAGGACGAAGGCUGCUAAAGCAGAGGCUAGAUCAAAUGGCAGCACUGGCUGCCAAACAAGAAGAGUGCUUAGAUGUAACUGGAUUCAGUGACGUCAUCAAGUUUGAUGUCAAUUCUCACGUGUACUACUUUGCUCACCUCUGGGAUGGCAAUCCCCCCAGGGCCCCUCCCAAUCCUCGCUACAGCCACAAUGUCCAGGAACUGAAAAGUAGAAUCCUUUUGACUGCCAAACAGGAAUCCAGGGGAAGCAUCAUGAAGAUAUCAGAUGUAAAAUUCAGAGUUCAAGAUUUGUGGAGAGCCCUGGUAAGUGAGAACUUUAUUUUCAGUUUCAGGAACACCCGAGAGGUCAUGGCCAUGAGCAAACUGGAAACUAUGUAUAAUCAUUGGACUUGGAAGCUCAGGAGUCAUAUGCUAGAAUUGCAGAACCAGUUGAAGAAUCAGAUUCAGAAUGGAAAAAUUCUUACACUCCCAGCAAGCAUAAUUGAGUAUCCAGUUACAGAGAAAUAUGACACCAUCAAGCAAGAAUUUGAAAAAUAUUUUACUGAAGACUCAGAAUCUGACAUAAUUGUCCAAUGGAAAACCUAUUUUGAAAAUAAGCUCCUAAUCCUUAAAGAGUCACUUAUUUCAGAUAUCAGAAGAAAAGCCAAUGAGCUUAUUAGUCUCAAAAAUAGUCAAGAAAGACUGGAACAGAAAAAGAAUGUAUAUGAAAAUGAAUUAUUGGAUAAGAGUCGAAUCCUGGCUUUAAAUGUAAAAGGUAAGGAAUUGAGUGAUGAAGAGUUAUGUGCUAAAUUCAAUCAACUUUGGGGAAAAUGGGUUUAUGAAGUGUCCUCAAAUCUCCCUCAAGCCAUAGAGCCUAACAUUGAUAUAGAUGCUGAAAAUAUCCUUUUGGAUUAUUUCAAAAAAGAGAAAAACAUAGUGGAAAAACUAAAGAAAAAUACUGGAGAGGAUUUUCAAAUAGAUUUUGGAAAACAUGUCAAGAUGUGUACAGAAUAUUGGGUGUUCACAAAAAAUUUAGAAGUUUGUGAUAAAGUGUCCAUUAAUGUAACUACUGAACACAUUUUUUCAAGAUUUAAUGAAUAUAUUAAUAGUAUUUUGAGUCAACAACGUGAUUAUGAUCAAAAUGACUUCCAUAAAAUCCUAAGAAUAAUAGAAGAGGAAGUGAAAGCUGCACACACUAAGGAAAGAUAUGUAUUUACCAGCAAAUACAAUAUUAAAUUAUCUUCGUGUUUAUUUCGAAGAGCAUCAAAGCAGUUUAAGGAAAUGCACAGGACAUUCAAGACAGCACAUGAUCCUGUAAACUAUCUAGAAUGCAAGAAAGAUGAUUUUUUCAUGAGUUUCAAAAUAUCCUGCCAAGGUGCAACCUCCGUCACAUCUUUUGUUGAUUUUCUGUGGCACAAGCUCACACCAGCUGUCUCUGCCACCAUCUGGGGAGAACUGGCCCCUAAAAUAGCUGGGGAGAUACGAGUUACCUGCCCUGCAUUCAAUGGAAACAGGGCGAAUCUGGAGAAACACAUUCUCAUCUCUCUAGCAGAAGAAGAAAAUUUUGACAAUUAUUGGAAAUAUAUUCACAAUCCAAAAUCAUUUUUUAAGACUUACAUUGAAAACCAUACCAAAAGGUACUGUUCAGACAACAGAGAUAAAAAAAUAAAGACUUUAUUCAAAACAAGUUUAGAUGACAUCAAAAAUGCCAUCCUCUCUGCCAUUUAUGAAUCCACAGAGGUAGGGAAAGAUACAAGCAGCACUGCGUCUGGGUGGCUGGAUUUGUUCUGUGAUCACCUGGGGAACAACGUUAUCUUCCCACGAAGAGACUUGACAAGUAUUGAACACCAAGAGAUACAAGAUAUGGAAUUUUUCAAAAAAACCAUGAGUGCAGCUUUGGAUCCUGAAAUGAAGAAAGUAGAACAGAACUUUUCCAAUAGACCCAUAGAUGAAAUGGUUCCUGAAAUUGAGAAAAUCCUCUCUGAACAUCUCUGUGGCUGCUGGAAACAGUGUCCUCUAUGUAAAGCAAUUUGUAUAAACACAAUCCCUAAACACGAUGGAGAUCACAGUGUUGCAUUUCAUCGUCCUCGGGCAGUACAAGGUGGGAAGGUGAUUGGAACAGACAACUUUGUCAUUGAUUGUUGUUCUACUUUAGUAGCAAGUGAUUCUUUGCUUGUUUUGAGAGAUGAUUGGGAAAUUCCUUAUAAGAACUAUCGGAAGGCAGGAGGGGAUUAUGCCACGUGGAGCAUCACCCCAGACUCAUCCAUCCAGCCAUAUUGGAAAUGGUUUGUCUCUCACUUCAGAACAAACCUGGAAGCAAAAUAUCAGAUAAAAUUUAAAGGAAGAGGUAAAAUUCCUGAUGAAUGGACAAAAAUCACAAAACAGGACAUGCUUAAUUACUUGAAAAAGCAAUAAUUCUCAAUGACCCCACAAGAACCUUAGCAUCUGAACAAAUAUCACAGCGCACACCAGUCUUAAAGCACAUCCUUGUUACAACUAGAAUUUAAAUAUUUCACUUUGUGAAUAAAAUGUGUAAAAAUAGAUCAAUUAUCAUUUCAAGAGUUUAAGAGUUCCUGUAUAAGUACUUAAUUUCCCUCUCCCUUAAUUCCAUCUGGAUUGGAAAGAAAUUGCUAAAAUAAGAAUGUAUGAGGGAAUGAAAUAAAAUCUAUUUAAAAUAACUUUGUCCUACAUUGAAAUAUUGUUCUGUGUUAUUUUUUAAAAUAAUAAUAUUUCAGAGGAAAACAUCUUCAAACAAGAAAUUUAGAGUCAUUUUGUUAUGCUACAAAUUCCUGUACAGUAAAUGCAUGGCAGUUGAAUCAACAUGCAGGUCUUCACUGGAAACUUACAAAUAGACUUUUCCUCCUUACAUGAUUUUUUUUCACUCUCUCAAUUCAUGAAGAAAAUAUACUUACCCUUCAAUACAAAAGCAUUAAUGGAAAUUUCAUGAUUCCCAUGUAUUGUGUUUUUUAUGUAUAUUUUGUUCUAGUGAAGAACAAACCAGUGACUUGUCCGGGAUAGAGUCUUCAUCAAGUCAGGAAACUUGAUCAAGCAAACAUAGGAAACAGAAAUCAAAUACCUGUUUUCUUCAUUUAAUCAACACUCUCUUCUUUCUGGUUCCUUGGGACAUCUCUAUCCUUGGUACAAAAGUUGAGAUAUACACAAAAUUUAGGUCUUCAAAGCCUGGUGUUAUGUACCUGAGAAUGAUUCCUUCAUGAAAAAAGUUUAUGAUGACUAUGUAAAUUGGAUCAUAUCAAUUAUAUCUGUGAACAAGGUCAAAUUUGAUUAAGCCUUUAAUGAU